AUGGUUCCGUCCAUACGGCAGACGAAAGUUGAAAGAAAAAUAAAGCAAAGUAAUUUUUUUCAAUACACAAUAUGCAAUGAAGGCAAGGAAGGCAAGGAAGGCAUGUUAACAGUGAGAAACAUAAGUAAGAGAAACUUGUACAUGCAAAAAAUGGAAAUCAGAAAUCCUGAUAAUGCACCUUAG